GUCCAGGCACUGAAAAAGGAGCCUUGCAGAAAGCUAGAGGGAUAGACGGACCUGAAGAUUCUAGUAUACAUUCACAACUGAUUCAAAGAAGCUCUAGUCCUGAGAAGGAACUCCGAAGUGAAAAAAAAGUCGGCUGUAAUUGAGACCAUAAUGUCCUGCAUAGAUCCCUAUCAAUACAUUAUAGUGGAGCACCAGUAUUCACACAAGUUCACGGUGAAUGUGUUAAGGGCCACGAAAGUGACAAAAGGUGCCUUUGGUGACCUGCUUGACACUCCAGAUCCAUAUGUGGAACUUUUCAUCUCCUCAACACCUGAUAGCAGAAAACGGACAAGACACUUCAAUAAUGAUGUGAACCCUGUAUGGAAUGAAACUUUUGAAUUUAUCUUGGACCCUAAUCAGGAAAACAUUUUGGAGAUCACAUUAAUGGAUGCCAAUUAUGUCAUGGAUGAGACACUAGGCACAGCAACAUUUCCUAUUUCUUCUAUGAAAGUCGGGGAGAAGAAAGAAGUUCCAUUUAUUUUCAAUGAAGUCACUGAAAUGAUCUUGGAGCUAUCGCUAGAAGUCUGCUCUUCUCCUGACCUUCGAUUCAGCAUGGCUCUGUGUGACCAGGAAAAAAUUUUCAGACAACAGAGAAAAGAAAACAUAAAAGAAAAUAUGAAGAAACUCCUGGGUCCAAAGAAUAGUGAAGGCCUGUGUUCAUCACGUGAUGUGCCAGUGAUUGCUGUGCUGGGUUCAGGUGGUGGGUUCCGUGCCAUGGUGGGAUUUUCUGGUGUGAUGAAGGCACUGUAUGAAUCAGGAAUUUUGGAUUGUGCCACAUAUGUUGCUGGUCUUUCUGGCUCUACCUGGUACAUGUCAUCUCUAUAUUCUCAUCCUGAUUUUCCAGAGAAGGGACCAAAGGAAAUUAAUGAAGAGCUAAUGGUCAGUGUCAGCCACAAUCCCCUUUUGCCUACACCCCAGAAAGUCAAACGCUACAUAGAGUCCUUAUGGAAGAAGAAAAGCUCUGGACAGCCAGUCACUUUUACUGACAUCUUUGGGAUGUUGAUUGGAGAAACCCUAAUCCACAAUAGAAUGAGCUGCACUCUAAGUAGUUUGAAAGAAAAAGUAAAUAAAGCACAAUGUCCUUUGCCCCUCUUUACCUGUCUCCAUGUGAAACCUGAUGUUUCAGAGUUGAUGUUUGCAGAUUGGGUAGAAUUUAGCCCAUAUGAGAUUGGAAUGGCUAAGUAUGGUACAUUUAUGGCUCCUGAUUUGUUUGGAAGCAAGUUUUUUAUGGGCACAGUUGUAAAAAAAUAUGAAGAAAAUCCCCUACACUUCUUAAUGGGUGUUUGGGGUAGUGCAUUUUCUAUACUAUUCAACAGAGUUCUGGGAGUUUCUGGUUCCCAAAAUAAAGGAUCCACCAUGGAAGAAGAAUUAGAAAAUAUCACAGCAAAACAUAUUGUGAGUAAUGAUAGUUCGGACAGUGAUGAUGAAUCUCAGGAGCCCAAAGGCAGUGAAAAUAAAGAUGCUGAAAAGGAAUAUCAAAAUAACAACCAAGCAAGUUGGGUUCAGAGAAUGCUAAUGGCAUUGGUGAGUGAUUCUACCUUAUUCAACACUCGAGAGGGACGUGCUGGGAAAGUACAUAACUUCAUGCUGGGUUUGAACCUUAAUACCUCCUACCCACUAUCUCCUUUGAGAGGCAUCUCUACUCAGGAGUCCAUGGAGGAUGAUGAACUGGAUGCUGCUGUGGCAGAUCCUGAUGAGUUUGAGAGAAUAUAUGAACCACUGGAUGUCAAAAGUAAAAAGAUCCAUGUGGUCGAUAGUGGGCUCACAUUUAACCUACCAUAUCCUCUGAUCCUGAGGCCUCAGAGGGGUGUGGAUCUCAUCAUCUCCUUUGACUUUUCUGCAAGGCCAAGUGACUCCAGUCCUCCUUUUAAGGAAAUUCUGCUUGCUGAGAAGUGGGCUAAAAUGAAUAAGCUUUCCUUUCCAAAGAUUGAUCCUCAAGUCUUUGAUCGAGAAGGUCUAAAGGAAUGUUAUGUCUUCAAACCCAAAAAUCCUGAUGUAGAGAAAGAUUGUCCAACCAUCAUCCAUUUUGUUCUGGCCAAUAUCAACUUCAGGAAUUAUAAAGCUCCUGGAAUUCCAAGAGAAACACAAGAAGAGAAAGAUUUUGCUGAUUUUGAUAUUUUUGAUGACCCUGAAUCUCCCUUCUCCACCUUCAACUUUCAGUAUCCAAAUCAAGCUUUUAAAAGGCUUCACGAUUUAAUGCAUUUCAAUACAUUGAAUAAUAUAGAUGUGAUAAAGGACGCCAUAUUUGAAAGCAUUGAGUACAGAAGACAGAACCCAUCUCGUUGUUCAGUUUCUCUCAGUAACAUUGAGGCACGAAGAUUCUUUAACAAGGACUCCCUAAACAAACCCUCAGCUUAGGUCCUGUGCUAGAAAGUACAUCCAUUGUCUAUGCUAUAGCAGUUUGCAAUCCUGUAAGAACUGGAUUUGCCACAAAGCAUCAUUGCUCUAGAGAGACUGGAUGGCACUAAGAUGAACAGUGAUUUUGCUGCAUGAGAAUAAUACCAUCAUUGUCUUUUUGAGUUGACAAAUGUCAGUCAUUAUGUGGACACAUGCUUAUUUAUGUAUUCCAUCGGUAUGAAUUUCUAAAUGUACUGUAGGAACAUAUACUGAAUUUUUAAACAUUCCUCACCAGCUGUUUUAUUCACUGUACUAUUCUUUUUAAAAAUGCUGAUUCUUUUUUAGAGUAUUUGAGAGGAUUGAUGUCAAGGAGUACUGUUUUACAGGGAGUGCAAAUUUUAUCCACUGACCAGAUUUAUCACCAUAUGGGACAACACUAUUUCUUAUUUAUGUAUACAGAAAUGUAAUAGAUGUCUUUAGCAAUAUAAAAAUUAUUUCGUGAAAGCUUUUUUUAAAGAUUCAUUGUGUCAGCACUUUUAGUGAAACCUCAGAUCUUCUGUCCCCAAAGCAAGAAACCAAAAUUGAACAUAAAUAAUAUUAUCUCACAUUUAUAUAUUGCCUCAUGGGUUUACAAAGCACUUUCUUCACAACAGCCUGAUGAGGCAGGUUGUGAGGGUGUUUUUCCUCCUAUCUUAUGGAAGAGAGAACUUAUUCUCAGUGAGCCUCAGUGA